ACAAAGAGAGAGAGAUGGGAGGGGCGCGAGGUACCAAAUUGCAUGUUGAGCGUCCGGAGCAGGUUCGCUUGACCGUGAGAAGUGAAAAUUCAUGAAAGUGGAUUAACCGCACUGAGAGGGAUGAGUGAAUUCCGAUUGCUAUCGUAACUUUAGGAUUUUAUUAUUGACUUUUAAUUGACGCUUUCGUUGUGAUUGUGGUGUAAUAUGUGACAAGGGGGAAGCAGGAGCUUAAAUCUACGGAAGUCCUCUAAUGCACCUCUUCCUGAUUCACACCCCCUUCAUCCUCCCUUCUUCCCCCUCUCCCUCCCCUGUGUACCAUUCCUCUUUUCCCUCUGUCUUUCUGUGACCAUCACCAUCAUCCAUCCACCUUCUUCUCUUUUGUUCCAAUCUCGUUCCCUGUAACUCCUGUAUCCUGCUGUGCACACUCUCUACCAAUUGUGUGUGUGCCAUCUAUUGUAUGUCUGUGUCGGUGAAAAACCCGCCACAGCGGCGGCGCUCUCUGGGUCCCGUUUUGCCUAAACGCAUCUACAGAAACCUGUCGGUCAGGCUGAGGGGCGGAGAGUCCUCUUUUGCCGGGGAGACAGACAUGCCGAAAUAUCCAUGCAAGGCCACUCACACAUAUAAGAACCUGUGGGAGGCAGUGGAGAAUGAGGACACCCUGGCGGUGCAGAGCCUGCUAUUCAGGGACAGAGUGUGUGGCGGAGGAGGAGGACAGGAUAAAGAGAAGAAAGAGAAGGACUGGGAAAGAGAGAGGGAGAAAGGUGUAAACAGAGUGAGUGAGCAGGGCCUGGUACCUCUGGACGUGGCUGCUCUAACCCAGAACUCCCCUCUGCUGCACGUGUUGACAAAGGCAGGAGCCAGACACAACCCCGUCUUGUGUCUUCCAGCGGAGUGGUUGUGCAAGCUGGAUGCCCUGGUGAUGUUGGCCGACAGGCAGGUGGAGGACAGGAGUGAGGAGUUACUGGGUGGAGCAGGGGCGGGGCCACAUGUGCAGACCGACAUACAGAGGCAGCUCCACCUCUGGACUCUGCGGCAGCAGCUGUACUGCAGGAUGAGGGAGAGCUUCCACCGCACAGACCUCCCUGGCCCUCCAAGUGGUGUGUCACUGUUUGUGACCAGUGCCUCUUCCCUGUUUGUGUCCAUUCGAGAGCCAACCGGUAUCGCCACUGGAUUGAUCACACGCUACAGAGUGGAAUGGAGCACCUCUGCCAACUUCAAGAGCAUGCUUGGCUCAGCCCAGGUGAUCGACACUAAGACCCCAGUCCACAGCAUCACAGGACUCACGACAGGAAUGCACUACUUUGUGAGAGUGACCGCCUACAACGUGAAGGGAUGGGGCCCGGCUCAGAGCUCCAGCCCAGUCAGUGCUUCCCCCUCCAGCUGGAGGGAGUGUAUGGGAGUGAAAACUCCAAGCAGGAACAAGGAGGCUCUAGCCAGGAGACUGUUGGAGCAGACCAGAGAGCCACACUACAAGGGAUACUGUAUAGAGAGCUCCAAGCCCCAGAGCCCCAGUAAGCGCCUCUCUAUGUCUCGCAGCCUGAAGCUGCUCUUCCAGUCAGCCACCAAGUUUGUCCGUCUCCUACAGAGGGGUGUAUACCUGGCAACUGUGUUCUACAGAAAGGAAAACAUCCUGGUCACAGCAGAUGACCAGCUCCCAUUGGUGGAGAUCCAGUGCUGCUCCACCUCCAUCUCUCAGGACUUCCUUUGGUUUGCCAAGUUGUCCUGUGCGUGGCAACAGGUGCCCUGGCUCCAGCAGGCCCUCUCCUCCGCUCUCUCCUCCUCUUCAUCACUACUUCAGAACAGGCACAAUAUCUUGCAGGCUGUAGCACAACUACAGUCCUCUCUGGGAACAGUAGACUUGGGGCAGGUGUACUAUGAGCCUCUGAAGGACAGGCAGGGUAACGUCCUGCUGGUGACAGUGAAGGAUUGUGCGGCCCACACAAAACCCCCGGACGUCCCUCUCCACUGGGUCCCCCUGGCCUGGCUGGAGAAGAACCGGAGCAGGACCCCUCUACUCCCAGAGCCUACUGCCAUGGACACUCUCACAGAGCAGCUCAAGGAGAAGCUGUCCUUCCACAGACAAAGUGUCCAGUGGGCCCAGUCUGGCCUGUACGUGGGCAUCUUGAAGCUGUGCAGCACAGUGGAGCAGAUCAGGGUUCUAGUGCCCCAGAGGCUGCCCAACCUGCUAUGCCACGCCAGAGUACGCCACAAUCCCCAUGUGUCCCGCGAUGAAUGGGCGUGGUUACAAAGCCACAACAUGUUAACAGCCAAUGAGGACACAGAGAAUGAGGAUGAGACCUCGAUGGACAGCUCUGGGCUGGGGGACUUUGUGAGGUCACUCAGGGCCGCUGUCACUCUCUUGUUGACAAAGCUCAACAUCCCCCUCUACAGGGCAUAUCAGUACGGUGUGUACACUCGGGAGCUGCUGCAGUUUGGGGAUAAGAUGUCCAUGCUGCUCCUGCUGCCACCCAGUGAAGACUUCAGUUCUAGCUACUGGCCCCUAGUGGGCACCAAGGAGCCAGGCCUCACAAUGCCACUGCAGAUCUUUGAACUGGUGCACUUCUGGACGUACGAGCAAGACUUCCUGUCUCAGUACUGUCAGGUCUGGGUUCGGUUGGAGCUGGACGCCCAUCUGUCCCAGCAGGCUUUGCGAGAAGCUCUGGACACGAAGGAGGUGCAGGAGGCCAGAGACCGCCUUGGUCACAUAACUCAGCUCUCACAGAGUCUUGAGGUGGUGUGGCGUGAGGCCCGGUGGAUCAUGGAUGUCCUGCAGUGUGUCCGCUCUAAACAGUGGGUGGGGGCGGUGCCUCUGGGCCUGGUCAUGGGAGGAGACCCACCUGCCUGCCCAGACGAUGAGGAGGAUGACAGGCCUACCACCAGAGUCUGGCCCCAGAGCAUACUCUCUCAAAAGAAAAUAUCAGAGAGCAUUACAUGUACUGUUACAGACGUUGGUGUCAGCAGUGGGAUCUCUAAGCCAAUAUGUAUCUCGGGGGUCCAUGAAAAGGCUGUGGUUUUAUUUGAGGGGUCUAGCAAAGGGGGGUACCCCGUGGACCUCAGUGCCCAACAGCCGGCGUUCAACAGCCUGGACCAGUCAGGAGUUGGAUUUGACAGUGUGGCCCAAUCAGAAGUGGUAUAUCAUAACAUUAUGGCCCAAUCAGAAGUGGCAGAUCAUGACAUUGUGAACCUGCCAGCUGCCUACAGUGGAGAACUGGAGUAUCCUCACAGUUUUGUCAGUGAUGUGAUCCCGCCUCUACCAGAGCUGGACAUCAUCUUCCCCACACUGAGUCUGAUAGAUGAAGAGAGGGAGGAGGACCCUGUACCUGGGAGGAUGGAUAUGCUUGACAGUUUAAGUCUUGGAGUCUGUGAAAGCGAGGCUUUCUUUGGACUAAACUCUGACUUGAUGAGUGGACCUAAGGGUUGCUCUCUCUCUGAUGUGCAUCAUGAUACGAACUCACUGACAGCAGGCCUUAGUUUAGGAGACAGAACCUGUGCAGAUACACUGUUCUCAGGUCAUUUAGAUGGGCUGGCCACAUCUGCCCCUCUUCCCAUUGUGAGGACCACACCUGCCCUGAGCUGGGAUUUACCUACAGAGAACACUAUGAUACAUGCUGGCAACAGGGGGGGCAGCAUGCCAGCCAGGAGCCAGGUUGAGUGGGUGAACUCCUCUAACCAGGCAUCCUGAUGUAUCCAGAUAUUUUUAUAACUCAACGUUACACCCAAAUACAUUGUACUUAAUCAUCGUGCCUCUCGAAGAAUUUGACAACCAAUUCUCAACAAAUUCCUAAUAUACCGUCAGUGCCUUUAAGCGAGUGUGGCAAACGGUGGGAUAUUCAUGGUUGUUUUCUCAUCACAUUAUCUUACUCUCUGUAGUUGUUUCAGUGGUGAUAUAAAGGGCCUGUCUCCAAGAGACCUGCUAGACAUGCUCUGUGCUUCUGUACGCGAGAUGUCUCCCUGUUGCAACUUGUAUUAAAUUUAAUUGAUUUAUGAUUGUCUAUAUCCAACAACUGCUAUUCUCUUUUGUUCAAUGUAAAAUACUCUUUACCGUAUUGUACUCUAUUAACCUGUUGCACUUUUGUCCUUUUAACACACAACUAGCUAGUUUACAGUAAAAUCCGUUGAAUGGUUUAUCUUUAUGAAAUUACCAAAUCAAAUAUUUUCAGCUGUAUUUGUGUUGUUCAACAUUAUAUUUCUAAGACAAAAGUUAGUUAUCUUUUUUUACAUUUUCCUUUUCAGAAACGUAUGUGUAUUUGAGAAGGUUACACAGGCCAACUGGGUAUUAAGGUGAAGAUAUGUGUGAGGAUAUCAAUUCAAAAUGCCAAUAUUAAAGAUCCAAUGCAGCCAUUUUUAUCUCAAUAUCAAAUAAUUUCUGGGUAACAAUUAAGUACCUUACUGUGAUUUUUUUUUCAAGUAAAAUAGUCAAAUAAUAAACAAAAAUAGCUUUUUAACGAAGAGCAAUUUCUCAAGCAAGAAUUUUGCUCGGACUGUCUGGGAGUGGUCUGAGUGGGAAGAGGAAAAAGGAAAAUAAGAUGUUAUUGGCAGAGAUGUUUGGAACUCUCUUUCUUAUUGGUCUAUUAACUAAUUUAACACACAGUGAUGUCAACAUGGAAGGCCAAAACUCCAUCCCACCAAAACAGGCAGAAAUUUCAGGCGAUCUUUUCAAACAACUCAUACAUUAAAAGUGCAUCGUCAUAAUUUUCACAGUAUAAUUCCAAUGUCACCAUGUGGAAAUAUACACUCAGUGCUCAGUUUAUUAGGUACACCCAUCUAGUACUGGGUCGGACCCACCUUUGCUUCCAGAAAAGUCUGAAUUCGUUGGGGCAUGGAAACGUUGCUCAAUUGGUAUCAUGGGACCUAACGUGUGCCAGGAAAACAUUCCCCACACCAUUACACCAAUGGUGUAUGGCAUCAGGCACGAUGGUGCCAUGGACUUAUUCUGCUUAUGCCAAAUCCUGACUCUGCCAUCAGCAUGACUGUCCAGUGUUGUUGAUCGUGUGCUCACUGGAACCGCUUCCUCUUAUUUUUAGCUGAUAGGAGUGGAACCCGUGUGGUCGUCUGCUGCAAUAGCCCAUCCGUGUCAAGGGCCGACGAGUUGUGCGUUCCGAGAUGUCGUUCUGCACACCACUGUUGUACUGCGCCAUUAUUUGUCUGUUUGUGGACUGCCUGUUAGGUUGCACGAUUCUUGCCAUUCUCUUUCGAUCUCUCUCAUCAACGAGCUGUUUUCGCCCACAGAACUACCGCUGACCGCAUGUUAUUUUUGUUGCACCAUUCUCGGUAAACCAUAGACACUGUUGUGUGUGAAAAGCCCAGGAGGCCGGCCGUUUCUGAGAUACUUGAUCCGGCCGCCUGGCACCGACAAUCAUACGACGCUCAAAAUCGCUUAGGUCACUGGUUUUGCCCAUUCUAACGUUCAAUCGAACAGUAACUGGAUGCCUUGAUGCCUGUCUGCCUGCUUUAUAUAACAUUGACUGUAUGUUUGUUUUACUCCAUGUGUAACUAUGUGUUGUUGUAUGUGUCGAACUGCUUUGCUUUAUCUUGGCCAGGUCGCAAUUGUAAAUGAGAACGUGUUCUCAAUUUGCCUACCUGGUUAAAUAAAGGUGAAAUAAAUAAAUAAAAAAGCCACGGCCACAUGACUCACUGUCUGUAUGAGCUAACAAUUUUCGUGAACAGGGUGCAAACUGGCCACUGAGUGUAUAUAAAACACAGGUAAAUCAUAUUUUUGACUGCACUGGGCCUUUAAGUAGGGUGAAUUCAGAGUAAGUGGAACAGUUUUUGUCUCAUGUAACCUCUUUCGGCAUCUAUCCAACAUGUUAACCCAACACUAUCCAACAUAUUAGCCCAACACAUGAUACAUGUCUAAAAUCCUCAAGACCUUGCCUAAUCACACAAAAAAACUACUGUCAAUGUCACAUUCACAGGAGGCAUGACACACCCAUUUGUGUGCACUGAGUCAAAACAAUGUUUUCAGUUCGCAUUUGGCAACCUGGGACAGCAGGUUAGAAAAACUGGGACACCAUUAUUAUAGUCCUAAUUGUACCCCAAUGACAAUUCAAUAAAACUUGUGUGUGA